GGUGUGACAUCAAUGAAUGAUUUUUUGAGAAAGUUCUUCCCCAAGGUGUAUAGAAAGAAGAAUGAAAAAGGGUUAGAGAGCAACUAUUGUAAAUAUGAUAACCAGGGUUUGCAGCUCUUCACAUCCUCCUUGUACCUCGCCGGCCUCACCGCCACCUUCUUCGCCUCCUACACCACACGCCGGCUUGGUCGGCGGCUCACCAUGCUCAUCGCCGGUUUCUUCUUCAUUGGUGGCGUUAUUUUUAAUGGCGCUGCGCAGGAUUUGGGCAUGCUCAUUGUUGGUCGUCUUCUUCUUGGUUGCGGCGUCGGCUUCGCUAAUCAGGCGGUGCCCCUGUUCUUAUCUGAGAUCGCCCCCACCAGAAUUCGCGGCGGGCUUAACAUCCUCUUCCAGCUCAACAUCACCAUCGGCAUCCUCUUCGCCAAUCUAAUCAACUACGGAACCUCCAAAAUCCACCCAUGGGGUUGGCGCCUCUCCCUCGCCCUCGCCGGCAUCCCCGCUCUCCUCCUCACCGUCGGCGCCCUCCUCGUCGUCGACACCCCGAACAGCCUCAUCGAGCGCGGCCGGGUCGAUGAAGGCCGCGCCGUGCUCCGCCGCAUACGUGGCACCGACAACGUGAACGCAGAGUUCGACGAAAUCGUGCAAGCCAGCCACGCCGCUCGCCAGGUUAAGCAUCCCUUCCGCAAUCUCUGCCAGCGGCGUAAUCGACCGCAGCUUGUUAUAGCCAUAGCGAUGCAGAUUUUCCAGCAGUUCACGGGCAUCAACGCCAUCAUGUUCUACUCGCCGGUGCUGUUCAACACACUCGGGUUUGAGAGCGAUGCCUCGCUGUACUCCGCCGUCAUUACGGGCGCAGUCAACGUGGUUUCCACGCUGGUGUCGAUCUACUCGGUGGAUCGGGUGGGCCGGCGAGCGCUGCUGCUCGAGGCUGGGGUGCAGAUGUUCUUCUCGCAGGUGGUGAUAUCGGUGGUGUCGGCAUUCGCGUGGUCUUGGGGCCCUCUGGGUUGGCUAAUACCCAGCGAGACAUUCCCGCUGGAGACGAGGUCGGCCGGGCAGAGCGUCACCGUGUGCACCAACCUCCUCUUCACCUUCGUCAUCGCUCAGGCCUUCCUCUCCAUGCUCUGCCACAUGAAAUACGGCAUCUUCGCCUUCUUCUCAGCGUGGGUUGUCAUCAUGUCCGUCUUUGUCCUCUUCUUCUUGCCGGAGACGAAGAAUGUGCCGAUUGAGGAGAUGACGGAGAGGGUGUGGAAGCGACACUGGUUCUGGAAGCGCUUUGUAGAAGAUGCCGAGUUGGAGGGAUUGGAGGGGGAUGAUGGUAAGUAUGGCAAAACCAAGGAGGUGGAAUUGGCUUAGUGAUAGUUGGGAGAUAAGUUAUUAUUAUUAAUGGAUGUGAAAGAUUGGAUGAUCAAAACGAUUGUAAAAUCUAACUUACAUUAUCGUCAUCUGUAUAAAAUAUGAUGUACGGGUUGAAUUAAUUUGCUUUUUAUGUUGUGGGGAUGAUGAUGAACUCUGCGUUUGGAAAGAGUUCACGGCGAAUGUUGACAUCCACAUGAGUUGUUAUAUAUGUAUAUGGUUCGGUAAGAAGUGCCCAACCAUCAAGUUAUCAUCUUAUCCGUAUCAAAAUACAAGUUUUAAUAGUGCUUUCUUUUUCUUCGAGCAUUG